AUGGCGGACGAUGGCAUGUUCUUGAACUUCUCAGUCGAUGACAGCAUUGCCUCUGCCGCUGCGAACAGUCCCCAGAAGUUCAAAGUCCCUGUUGCGCAAGGCCGCUUCGAGGGCAGGACGAGAACACAAAUACAUGGAGGUCACUCUGACGAGUCUCUAGACGCUCGGCCCGCAAAGAGGAGGCGAGAAAAUGGACAUGUGCCAGAUGCAGGGUUUGCCGCGCAGAAACGAAAUAAUGAGCAGAGACCACCACAUCCGACAGGGCCUCGCGAAGUCAUCUCUUCACUUUUCACCUACAACCCCAAGCCGACGACUACUGAGGAUGAACCCAAGGACGACAAGGGAGAGGAGAAACCAACGGCGCCUUCCAAUGCCCCUCUAAUCGACGGCAUCGACACCUUUACGUCCCUCGGCCUUUCCUCCACCAUCGCUGCGCACCUCUUGACCAAGAUGAACCUGAAAACCCCCACGGCCAUUCAAAAGGCAGCGGUGUCGCAAAUGCUGAAGGACGACAGCGACGCAUUCAUACAGUCGGAGACCGGCUCCGGCAAGACCCUGGCGUACCUCCUCCCUCUUGUACAGCGAAUCAUGACCAUGUCCGAACAAGCUGCAGAAGAUACCACAAAAAACACACAAGAUUCGUUGGUGUUGCACCGUGACUCUGGUCUGUUCGCCAUCGUACUGGCCCCAACCCGUGAGCUGUGCAAACAAAUCUCAGUCGUACUCGAGCGCUUGCUUGGUUGCGCGCACUAUAUCGUCGCCGGUCAUGUAAUCGGCGGCGAAAAGAAAAAAUCAGAAAAGGCCCGUAUGCGCAAAGGGCUCAACAUCUUGGUGGCGACCCCUGGUCGAUUGGUCGAUCACUUGGAAAACACAAAGGUGCUAGACGUGAGUAAUGUGCGCUGGCUGGUCCUAGACGAAGGGGAUCGGUUGAUGGAUAUGGGCUUUGAAGAGGACAUUACGAAGAUCGUGAAGACUUUGGAUCAGAAAAAGAGGCCCAGAGGCAGCAGCAAGUGGCCGGGUCUGCCUGAGAAGCGAACAACGGUGCUGUGUUCGGCGACGCUGAAGAUGAACGUACAGAAGCUGGGGGAGAUCAGCCUGAAAGACGCCGUCCUGAUCAAGGGCGAUGCCGGAGAUGACGACAACCCAGAAGGAGGAGAUGAAUCUGCCGACGCUUUGGCGAAUGGCAACGGCAUCAGCAAUCCUGCAUUCCUUGCUCCAGCACAGCUCAAGCAGUCCUACAUUGUUGCAGCGGCAAAGUUGAGAUUCGUCACACUGACGGCCCUACUAAAACGAACUUUUGCACGAAAGGGUUCUGUCAUGAAAGCCAUCGUCUUCGUCUCCUGUGCGGACUCUGUCGAAUUCCAUUUCAAGGCUUUCACGACUGCAUUUGAUGGAGAAGGUCCCACAGAGAAUCAGCAACCCGUACAUGGAGACGCUGAGACAGAUCCGGACGCUGAAGCUCCUGAAAAAAGCAAACCCUCGCCACCCUCAUCCCGCGACCCAUCUAUCUCGGAUUCAAUCUUGCCCUCCCCUGCCCUUUCAUCCUCGCAUAAUCAAGUCACACUCUACAAAUUGCAUGGGUCUCUUCCUCAAAUUACUCGCACCAACAUUGUCAAAACUUUUGCCUCUACAACUUCGCCAUCCCUGUUGAUUGCGACGGAUGUCGCCUCUCGCGGCCUUGACCUGCCCAACCUCGAUCUCGUGAUUGAAUAUGAUCCGGCGUUCAGUGCCGAAGACCACUUGCACCGGAUCGGGCGCACGGCUCGUCUGGGACGAGAUGGCAGGGCAAUCAUCUUUCUCCUGCCGGGAAAGGAAGAAGGCUACGUCUCGGUAUUGAAAAGCUCAUACAAAACCGGAUCUGAUACCGUGGCGAACGUCUCCUCCAUGCCCGCGGAGGAAGUGCUCAAGAAGGGAUUCUCGCCGCUCAACGGUGUGAUUCCGACCAAGAACAAGAAUCACAAGAAAGAUCAGGGCGCGGAUUGGCAGACACGCGCCACCGACCUACAGCUCUCGCUCGAACGCUUCAUCUUGUCCACCCCGCAGAACAAGGACCUGGCGAAGCGAGCUUUCCAAAGCCACAUGAGGGCAUACGCGACGCACAUUGCCAGCGAGCGAAAGUGGUUCGACAUCAAGGAGCUGCACCUGGGCCAUCUUUGUAAGAGUUUCGGCCUGAGAGAGACGCCUAGCGGGAUGGGCGUGGGAAGGAACAAAAAGACCGCGUCGAAGAGGGGACGGGGCGCGAGUGACGGAGGUGGCAUGCGGCAUGUCAACGGCGAAGGAGGAAAGAAUGGCGAUAGGGCAAAGACGCGAGAUGUGGGUGCCGACAUUGAUACCACUGGUGAUGCGGAUGAAGCGGCGCGGAAAAUGAGGGAGAAGAUCCGAAUGAACAGGAAGAUGAUGAUGGGAGGCACCGCGGACGAGUUUAAUAUCGCUUGA